AUGGUAAGAUGGUUUUUUAGAUUUGAAGGACCUUCUUCUCCAUCAACCCCAAUCCUUUCUUCAUCCGCUCUUUCCAUAAUUCUCCACUUGCAUCACCAACCAUGGCGAAUGCGGCAUCUGGAAUGGCUGUUGACGAUCAAUGUGAUCGUUGACAAGAUUGGUGGCCCUGAUAAAAACUACGAAGAUUUCACAAACUCUCUUCCUGGCGAUGAAUGCCGCUAUGCUGUCUUUGAUUUUGACUUCACUACUGACGAGAAUUGUCAGAAAAGCAAGAUUAUCUUCAUUGCCUGGUCACCAGAUACAUCAAAGGUGAGAAUGAAGAUGGUGUAUGCAAGCUCCAAAGACAGAUUCAAGAGAGAACUUGAUGGGAUUCAGGUCGAGUUGCAAGCAACGGAUCCUACAACGGCGCCUGCUCCUCCUUCUCCUUCGCCGGAGACGAUUGAAGCUUCGCCGGAUCUAGAUACUCAUGUCACUCAUUCACCUUCCGAUAGCAGCUCCGCCAGAGAUCUCUCUUUUUCUUCCCGUUGUUCAGCCUCGAGAAAAUCGACGCUAAAUCCUCCAUCUCCGCCUCACAUUCUCUCAUCCUCACCGGCGAUAAAUCUUCGUCUCGUCUUUGAUUCUCGAUUCGCAUCUCUGCCAUAA